ACAUCUCGUCAAUAUGCAAAGCUUUCCAUGGCUUAGAUUUACCGGUCUGUCUGUCGGGCUCAUGGGUAUAGGUUAUGCACUAAUGAAAGCAACUACACCGACCGAGGAGCAGUUAUACAAUGCAAGUACCCGUCAGAAACCCCAUUUUCUUUUUCCCGAAAACCACGCCGUGUUGUAAUGGGCAGUAACCUCGCUUACGCGAAACUUCUUCGUCUCGCUGUCGCUUUUCCUCACGUUGCGCCACAACUCCAAUGGCUAACCUAACAGCUUCCAACAGGAAAUGGCUCCCGAUCUGAGGCGCAAAGUGGACACAGCCCGUGCAGCCCGACUGGCGCGAGAAGCAGAGUUGAAAACGCAGGUGGAAGCCCAAACGCCGAUUGGAGAGCAGACAGAAGCUACGAAACCAAUAUGGGCGACCAAGUAAAGGCGGGACCAUCAUUCAUUCAGCUAAUUCGCAUCAUCACUUUGCUACACACGCCAUUCAAUUGUAUUAUAUCAUGUUUAUUUUAUUCUUAUGUUCAGAGGC